AUGCUCAUCUGCGGCAUCGCCAACCCGACGGGGGAGGGCGAGGGCUACAACGGGCUGCACCUCAAGGAUAGCGAGAUCGACGAGAUCAUCGCAGGGCGGGAGAUGGUCGGCCUGCCGGUCAAGAUCGAGCACAAGGGGGUGGGCAUCGGGAGCGUCGUCUCCGCCUUCAAGGACCGGGAGGGGCGCCUGAACUGCGUCAUGGAGCUCAGCCCGGACGAGGUGGAGGGCGCCAUCGCACAGGAGUGGGUGCGAGACAGGACCGCCAGCGAGCUGUCGCUCGGGUAUGUCGUGGACAUCAACCAAUCGGGAAGGGGGGAAGGGGAGCGCCUCCGCGCGGGAAAGAAGAAGGUCCUCGAGGUGAGCAUCGUCAGGAAGGGCGCCAGACAGGGGUGCAAGAUCUACGGCGGGGAUGCCCCGCAUUCAAAUCAGUCCAAUGCCUUCCCCGUGCCCUCCAGCGCGGAGAUCCUCAAGGACUGGGGCGUGGCGUUCGAGCUGUGA